UUCGGAUCGGAUAUCGCGCCUGAAUUCACAACAGAAGCCGAUGAAUAUUCUCCAGAUGGAGUCGUACGGUGCACGAAUUGCGAUGGAGAGAAAGGGAGUUCGACGAGCACAAUCCGGAAACUCGCCGAGCCUAGCGGAAGCGUUACCGAUCUUCACGAUUCACGUCCCGUGGAUGCAUCGCUAUGUGAAAUAAAUACACGUCCUGGAAAGAGCGGAUGGUGGACGACGACGAUGGUGAAGAGAGACGGCGAUCGGUCAUAUAAAUCAGAUUCGCUGAAAGCCGCCGACACGUGGGAUACAGGCGCGUGGAGAGACAACUGUAUCGGACGGCGUUGCCCAGACUGCGUUGUCGCGAAAUCGUCGCGUUCAAACCAGCAUCCCGGGAAAAAAGGCGGAUCCGUCCGCGGAGUGGAUUCGAAGUGGAAACGGGGUUCCAUUGAAACUGACGUUCAACAAUUGGAUUACAAAUGGAAGAGAAGAAUCGCGACCGUAGAUGCUGGUACACGCGCGAGGGUGGAUUUCAAAGGAAAACGUGAUUCCAGGUCACAAACGAAGAGUGACAAUAUAAACGCAGACGGCAAACAUCACGAGACGCGCGAUUACUCUCUUUGGACGAGUUUACAGAUGGGCAAAAUUUGGUCGCAAGUGCACGACGCGUGCAAGAACGUCGUAAAGCUCGCUGCUACGAGCGUCGGCCGUGUUGUGAAGGAUGCACCUAAAUCGGAACGUUCACAGAAAAAUCCCGUCGAAGUGGCUGACGCGACGCUCGUCGAGAGCACGUCCUCGUGCGCCGGCAAAAUAUGCGGUGAAACGUGUCGUAAAAAUUUAAUGCGCUCCAAGAGCGAGGAAAAAACGGAGGCGCGUCAAGAACGUACAAUCGGGGACGUGGGAAAAUAUCACGGGGAUACAGAAGUACCGAUGCGGAAAAAUUCGCGGACCAUUGCACCUUCUCGCCGCGAUGUGCAGAAGCACACGAAUCAAAGCGCCAAAAAAGAGGAGGACGGAGAAUCUUGUGUGAAUUACAGCGAAUAUGAACAUGGCAGGUAUCGGGAUAUCGUAGAAUUUCAACCACGGAAUGAAACGUACAGCCAUGAUGAGGAUAUACAUUCUCAAUCCCGUUUGAAUGAGUCUUUCAUGUAUCAUGAAAAAUUUACGUACCCAGGACUUCGCAAUAGAGGUGGUAGCGAUGAUAACCGAAAUUUUGCAAGGGGCACCGUAGACGAUCGAUCUAUGCAACGUACUUCCGAAGAAAUAAAAUCUGUUAAAUGUUAUGAAAAUUCUCAAACAUGCAUAUGUAACAAUAGGAGGUCUCAAGAGACGCACGUUUAUUGUUACGAAGUAUCUGUAACUACUGAUAAUCAAGCGAUUCGCGCAGACAUGCCGGUUACCUCGCAAAAUAAUUCGCUGCAUCAUGAGUCUCAAUCGAUGAACGUAUCCUCUUCUAAAGAUAACAAACGAGUAGAAACAUCUGCGACGUCUGAACAAACACGAUCUUAUGAAGAAACAUGCGAGGGAACAUGCGAAGAAACGUGCGAGAGUAUUGAGGGCUCGAUCGCGGAAACCGAAAGGAGCUUCAUAUCGACGAUCGCAGUUGCAGCAGUAUCCUUGACGGAAGCGGAUCUCACGGUUCACUCAUUGCGGAACGACUUGGACGAACCGAUAGCGUCGACUUCCAAAUGGGAGACGUCACCUGUUUCACCGGCAAUAUCGCGAAGAAAACGUCCCGGUUUCAAAUCGCCGUUCUGUGCGACGGCGAUGAAAUUCUUGAGAAGGCGAUCGUCCGUCGAUAAUAAAACCAUCGUGCCUGUGCUUAAACGGAGUAGAAGGGGCAUCGGAAGAAAGGAGCUAUCAAGUACGGCCACUACUACUUACGAUAACAGAGUGAAGAUUAUGCAAAUAGAUCCGUCUACUAUGCAAACCGAUCGAGAAGGCAAUAAGAGGCGAGCCUACGUAAACGUUCAAGUGCAAACACCUGACGCGAUUGUUACGAGAAUUUUAUCGGAGUUCCUUCUCAGUGGCGAGAAGAAGAAGAAGGUGUUGAUGACCAUAAUGCUACAAUCGGAAUCGGACGAUAGAAAAGAAGCAGAAACGCAAACGUCAUCAAGUAACAUAACUUCCAGCGGGAUCCACAUGUUUAGUUAUCCGGACAAUCGUCCCCACGAUGCGAUUACAACCCCGUCGAAGACUGUACAAUGUUUCGUAUGCGAUAAGCAAGAGUGUUACGAAAUGAGACGGUCGGAUAACUCGAUUACUUUAGAAGAGGCGAUAAUCGCAGAAUAUCCGGAAACGUCCGAAUUGAACGAUUAUUUGGCGAAACGAAAAGGAGACGUAACAAUUCCUCCAUGAUUUACGCUCAGGAAAUUCUCUCGAUACAGCAAUUUAUAUAAAUAUAAAUGUAUCUGUCAUAAUGUAAAUAAUAAUUUUAUUAUUGCAGUAAUAUUGAAAUUUGCGUUUGUCAAAUUUUUGCGUAGAUUAAUCGAACCACUUCGAGAUAUCGAGAAAAAUUCAGAGUUUCGAUUAAUUUAAUUAAAUCUUAGUAACCUCACAUUUACACAUGUACUGAUUUAUGUGUCUAUUUUUGGCUAUUGCAUAUCAAAAAUGUACUCAACGUGUCCACAUCCUGCCGAAAUUUAUAUCCAAAUUGAAAUUUUAAUUAUGCAUAGCGCAAUGGAAACAAAUAAGUUAAUUAUGAAUCUCUUCUGAAAAUUAUAAAGUUUAAACGAAGUUGUGCAUUGCAAAAUAAUUUUCUUAUUCAACA